CGCAGUUAAAAUAAGCUGCAGCACUGUGUGUACACCACUCGUUAGGAGCUUGAUUAAAAGAAGCAGAAAGGGAAAAGCCGUAUAUUUUUAGUUAGUUCGCCAUGCAUACGAUUUCAAACAUCUAACGUUAGGGACUUCAGAAGAGUAAAGCUGCUGCUGUAGGCGGUGACUGAGUGACUGAAGUCCAGCUCAGGUGUUCACAGAGAGAGUUCAAGUCAGCGACUGCAUUGAUUGUUAAUAAUAGACGCAACAUUGACUCCAGGCGAAAGGAUGUAAGUUACUUUACGCGUUUGUGCUCUUUGCGGAUGCGGAGCUAUUAAGGAAGUUUCUGGCAAUAUCUCAGUUAAUUUAUACAAGGUAAAAGCAGUUUUUCAUGUGACGUUUUAAACGGAUAAGCAAUUCUAGUAACGUUAGAUUAAACGUCAUCUCUGGUUCUUGUUUACGAGGCAAAUACAAAAGACCUGAUACACCUCAAGCAUUACGCGUUUUGUUAAGCUCUAAAGUGUCAUAUAGAUUAACGUUAGUGUUUUAUAACGUUACAGCAUCAGUGCGCGCUGCACGGUGACAAUCGCGUUUAACGGACAAAGUUGGUCGUUUGAAGUGCUGACGUGUCGUUUGGCCAGCGACCAGUGCCGCAUCUGUAGGGACACGCCUGUCCGCUGUCCCAGCACCCAUAACUGGGAGUCAGCACUCAAAGCCACGUCAAAAUGUCAAGAACCAGUCGAAGGGCCAAAGCUUUGCACCCCAGUAACGGGCACACGCUGGCCGGAUGCAAUCCGCUGAGAGCGGCGCGCGUGCGCGUGCUGCUGCUGUGUCUCUGCGGCGCGCUCUCGCUUGCCGUGAUUCUGGUGCUGUAUAUCUCUGCGGAGUCCAGUACCAGCAGCUCAACACAACACCACAAUGCAGAUCUCAUCAGGGACAGGCUUUCCCAUAAGCCAAGUAAACACUCAGUAGCACAAAUAAAGAAGUUUGCAGCACAGGUGGAUGGGCAUCGGCUCUGGAAGACUCACCUGCGACCCCUCCUGAUUCAACGAGUGCCUGGGACUGCAGGAAGUCAGACCAUACGACAGCAUAUCUUGUCCCAGCUGGGCUCACUGUCGGCAGGAUGGACGCUGGAGGAGAAUUCCUUCGUUUCGUCCACCCCGAAGGGUGACGUGACCUUCACCAAUGUGCUAGCAGUGCUGGACCCCUCGGCUCCUCGCAGGCUGAUCCUAGCAUGCCACCACGACUCAAAGAUCUUUCCCAUCGACCCUAAAAACCCCAGGCGAGUGUUCGUGGGAGCCAGUGACUCAGCCGUUCCCUGUGCCAUGAUCUUGGAGCUGGCUGCGUCUCUGGACACACAGCUUAAAGCCCUCAAACAGCAGAGGUCUGCGCUGACAUUGCAGUUGGUGUUUUUUGAUGGAGAGGAGGCCUUUGAGGAAUGGACGGACACAGACUCUCUCUACGGUUCUCGUCAUCUGGCUGAACUGAUGUCUCGUUCCCCUCACCCAUCUGGAGCCGCCAAAACCAAUCUACUCCAGGCUGUGGAUCUGUUAGUCUUGCUGGAUCUGCUUGGUGGCCCAGAACCAUUGAUUGUCAAUCACUUUGAUAACACAGCAAGAUGGUUUGACCGACUCAUCGCUGCAGAGAAGAGACUCCACAAACAGGGCUUGUUGACAUCUCACCCAUCAGAACAGAGUUACUUCAGGAAGGAUUUUUAUCUUGGCCCAGUGCAGGAUGACCACGUUCCAUUCCUAAACAGAGGCCCUAUCGAGCAGUUGCUUAACAAUUGCUUUCAACCCUUCACUCAGCUCCUAGUGGUUGGUACCCGGGACGUCCCGAUUAUUGGGCCUAAUUUAUUUGUCCCGUACGGAACCUCUCUUGUCCCGAUUAUUGAGAGCUACGCUGACCUGACUGAUACAACAGCAACACGACACUUGAGAAUGACCACGACACCGGUCACGCGCAUCCAACCAUACAAAUAA